AUGGCGUGGUUAAGCUUGCAGCCUCUCACCUCGGCCUUCCUCCAUUUUGGGCUGGUUACUUUUGUGCUGUUUUUGCAUGGUUUGCAGGUGGAUGCUGGCCUGACGGGAGACUCAACCAGUUCAGUACAAAACAGCUCGUGUUCAGGAUCUUUUGACUGCAAGGAAGGUGUUAUCCUGCCAAUAUGGUACCCAGAAAACCCAUCCCUUGGGGACAAAAUUGCCCGUGUUAUUGUAUACUUUGUAGCACUGAUCUACAUGUUCCUUGGAGUCUCCAUCAUUGCAGAUCGAUUCAUGGCAUCUAUAGAGGUCAUUACAUCACAAGAAAAAGAAAUCACGAUUAAGAAACCCAAUGGAGAGACCACAACAACAACCAUUCGGAUUUGGAAUGAAACUGUUUCCAACUUGACCCUCAUGGCUCUGGGCUCCUCUGCUCCUGAGAUCCUUCUGUCUCUGAUAGAAGUGUGUGGGCAUGGAUUCAUAGCUGGAGACCUGGGGCCAUCUACAAUUGUUGGCAGUGCUGCCUUCAAUAUGUUUAUCAUCAUUGCCAUCUGUGUCUAUGUGAUCCCUGAUGGGGAAACCAGAAAGAUAAAACACCUGAGAGUUUUCUUUGUCACAGCUGCAUGGAGCAUCUUUGCUUACAUCUGGUUGUACAUGAUCCUUGCUGUCUUCUCUCCAGGUGUGGUUCAGGUCUGGGAAGGUCUGCUCACACUUUUCUUCUUUCCACUUUGUGUUCUUCUGGCUUGGAUAGCAGAUAGACGCCUGCUUUUCUAUAAGUAUAUGCACAAAAAGUACCGUACUGACAAGCACAGGGGCAUCAUCAUAGAAUCAGAAGGUGAUCACCCUAAGGGAAUUGAGAUGGAUGGCAAGAUGAUGAACUCCCAUUUUCUGGAUGGAAACUUAGUGACUGUGGAGGGGAAAGAGGUAGAUGAAUCUCGCAAAGAGAUGAUCCGGAUCCUUAAGGAUCUGAAGCAAAAACACCCAGAAAAGGAUUUGGACCAGCUGGUAGAAAUGGCUAACUACUACGCCUUGUCACAUCAGCAGAAGAGCAGAGCCUUUUAUCGCAUUCAGGCUACCAGAAUGAUGACAGGGGCUGGCAAUAUUCUGAAGAAGCAUGCAGCUGAGCAAGCCAAGAAGAGCACCAGCUUGCAUGAGGUGCGGCCGGAUGAACCUGAGGAAUUUAUCUCCAAAAUUUAUUUUGACCCAUGUUCCUAUCAGUGUCUUGAGAACUGUGGUGCCGUUCUCCUGACUGUGGUUCGGAAAGGAGGGGAUGUGUCCAAGACCAUCUAUGUAGACUACAAAACCGAGGAUGGCUCUGCCAAUGCUGGUGCUGACUAUGAGUUCACAGAGGGGACUGUUGUCUUGAAAUCAGGGGAGACCCAGAAGGACUUUGCAGUGGGAAUUAUUGAUGAUGACAUCUUUGAGGAGGAUGAACAUUUCUUUGUGCGGCUCAGUAACCUCCGUGUGGUGGACAGUGAAGAACCUCCAGAGCUCGGUAACUCCCCAUACCCAAAGGCCAUACUGGCUUCUCCUUGUGUGGCCACAGUGACUAUCUUGGAUGAUGACCAUGCUGGCAUCUUCACAUUUGAGUGUGAUGUUAUACAUGUCAGCGAGAGCAUUGGUGUGAUGGAAGUCAAAGUUCUAAGGACAUCAGGUGCUCGGGGUACAGUCAUAGUGCCAUUUAGGACAGUAGAAGGGACAGCAAAAGGAGGUGGAGAAGACUUUGAAGACACUUACGGGGAGUUGGAGUUCAAGAAUGAUGAAACUGUCAAAACAAUUCACAUCAAAGUAAUUGAUGAUGAGGAGUAUGAAAAAAACAAGAGUUUCUUCCUUGAGCUGAUGAGCCCCCGCAUGGUGGAUAUGAGUUUACAGAAAGCUCUGCUGCUCACCCAAGAAGGGGCUGAAAGGAAGCUGACAGUUGAAGAAGAGGAAGCCAAGAGGAUUGCAGAGAUGGGCAAACCAAUACUUGGCGAACACCCCAAACUAGAAGUCAUCAUUGAGGAGUCAUAUGAGUUCAAGAGCACUGUGGACAAGCUCAUUAAGAAGACAAACCUAGCUUUGGUUGUAGGGACACAUUCCUGGAGGGACCAGUUUUUGGAGGCCAUCACCGUCAGUGCAGCAGGUGACGAAGAUGAGGAUGAGUCUGGUGAAGAGCGCCUGCCAUCCUGCUUCGACUACGUGAUGCACUUCCUGACUGUCUUCUGGAAGGUGCUGUUUGCCUGCGUGCCCCCCACCGAGUACUGCAAUGGCUGGGCCUGCUUCGUUGUCUCCAUCCUCAUCAUUGGCAUGCUCACAGCUGUCAUCGGUGACCUCGCCUCCCACUUCGGCUGCACCAUCGGCCUCAAGGACUCGGUGACCGCCGUUGUGUUUGUAGCCUUCGGCACCUCCGUACCAGAUACAUUUGCCAGCAAAGCUGCAGCCAUCCAGGACGUGUACGCCGAUGCCUCAAUCAGCAAUGUCACAGGCAGCAACGCCGUCAACGUCUUCCUGGGCAUUGGGCUGGCAUGGUCGGUGGCAGCGAUCUACUGGGCGUCACAGGGGCAGGAGUUCCAGGUGUCAGCCGGUACCCUGGCCUUCUCUGUCACCCUCUUCACCAUCUUCGCCUUCAUCUGCAUCAGCGUUCUCCUCUACCGCCGGCGGCCCCACCUCGGGGGAGAGCUGGGCGGUCCCCGGGGUUGCAAACUGGCCACGACGUUGCUCUUUGUCAGCCUGUGGCUGCUGUACAUCCUUUUUGCCACCCUGGAAGCCUAUUGCUACAUCAAGGGGUUUUAGGCGGCAGAGAGAUGGUGCCGCCGAGGGAGGGACCCCCUCCUCCAUUACCUCACCGGACACCGGCCCUGGAUGAGUGGUUUCACCAGGAUGGACAGCUGUCAGCUCGCCGCCCUGACAGGUGCCAGGAUGGGCAGAUCCAUCACGGGACGAUAAAGAAAUCCACGAAAACCACCCCAAAAAAUGAUGCAAAAGAAAAGAAAGCAACAAUGGCAAGCAUUUAAAGGGACAAAAUGAAGUAAACCCAGCCACUGACUCCAAUCGAUGUGACUAAGAAGUCUCAGCCAUCUCCCAAGGCCACCUCUCCCACAGGUUCGUUUCCUCUUCUCCAGAGCACCCCUCCGCUGUAAGGAGAUGCUUUCUUGUUUUUACUCUUUAGGAAUUGCAGAAGUCUGAUAGGAAAUUUUUUGGUUUUUUUGUUUUUUUGGUUUUU